GAAUUGUCCACAAUAUAUCUUUUUGUCGUAGAGUACAAGUCAACAAAAAUCCCAAUUCUGCGAGGUUAGGUUUUCCCUCAGAUUUCUGCUAGAAUAACAGAUCUUGUUUGGAGCACUGAAAAUGGCUACUGAGCAGAAAGCUGCGACCGAGGACGUGAAGAUGGAUCUCUUCGAGGAUGACGAUGAAUUUGAAGAGUUUGAGAUCAAUGAAGAGUGGGAGGACAAAGAGGAAGGAAAAGAGGCGACACAACAGUGGGAAGAUGAUUGGGAUGAUGAUGAUGUUAAUGAUGACUUCUCGCUGCAGCUAAGGAGGGAAUUGGAGAAGAACACUGAGAAAAACUAAGUACCUAAUUUGUUGUUGUCUCUGGGUGUUAUCAUCUAUAGUAGAGUAUUAGUUGGUAGUUUGAACCUAAGAUGGUUUUACCAUAUACUUAGCUUGGAGAAGCUUGUGUGAACUAUUAAGAUCAGAAGCUCAGUUCUCUGGAAGACUCUAUUUUUCUACCA